AUGGCUGGCAAGCAAGUAACACCGGGUGCACCAUUGUGGUUUGGCCAUGUCUUCCUCGGAGACCACCAAAGGUCGGAGGCUUCGAGGUAA